AUGUUGACAGGAAAUCCCUCACGAUUGUUUAACGCUGCGGUUGAACAUUUGGAGUCUUGCGUCAUCGGAAAGGAAGAUGAGUUGAAGUUCAACUCGGCCGCCAUCAUGCUUAUCUCCAUCCAAGUCAUUGCUUUGAUCGCCGCCUUCGCCGCCCAGGCUAGCGCUUCCACCAGCAAGCCCGCUCCAAUGGACGGUAUGGAUAUGUCCAACCCCUCCGCUGGCGCCCCCGGUGCCGCCAAUUUCACUGCCCCUGCAACUGACGCCACCGCCAACGCAACCUCGCCAACUGAAGGCAACACCCCCACCGGCGCGUCUGGUGCUGCUGCCCCCACCAAUGGGUCCGCACUUCCCUCAACUGGUGCUGCCGGUGCCCCCGUGCCAGGAGACAUGUCCUCAGGACAGUGCAUGUGCCCACCUGUCCCACAAUGCAAUGCUUUCCCAGGGACCCCAGGCGCUCCAGCUACCCCGGCCGCUCCAGGUGCUCCCGGUCUCCCCAGCCCAGCUGGUCCCGUUGUCCCGGCACCAGGUCCUGUGAACCCAGCCGGCCAACAGACCCCUGGCCUCCCCGGAACUGCUGCCCCUGGAACAGGUGGAGUCGUCUCCCCCGUCGGCACCACUCCCCCUGGAGCAGCCUCCCCCACUUCAGGCACACCUCCCCCGGCCGACAACUCCACUAACACUGACAGCGGCAGUUCCACUUUGCGCAACUCCUUCUCCCUCGCUGGUCUUAUGGCCGCCGGAGCUGUGGCCUUAGCCCUAUAA